AUGUAUUUUCUUAUUUUAUUUCUUAUUUUCAAUGGAAUUUUAGCACAAGAAGCAGCACCUGAAUUUGAUAACCCAGAGAACUGUGGAACCGAAAGCACUAAGUGGAAAUCAUGCAUUGAGAGAAAAGUUGCAGAUCAGGUAUUCUCUUCUUGCUGUGAAAGGUUUGUACCUCCUGAAUGCCGAGGUCUUUGUUCUUAUGAAACAAACCCUAUUGAGUCGAGAGUUGUGUUGAUGCAUGCUAUUCAACCUUCUCGUUGUCGAUUAUACAAAUACUUGCCAUCGAUUGUUCAUUGUGCUGCUCAAACUCAUGAUAACACUGAAUGCUGCAAAUCAAAUGGUAUUGCUGAUAUUGGUAGUCAAUGUCUCGAUAUGUGCAAACCACAGGAAAGCCCUCGUCGUUUCUGGGGAGUAAAGAGUUUGAGGAAAGAUUUGGUUGUAUGCCUCGCUAAAUGGGAUCAAAUUAUGCUUUGUAAUCUCUCUGGAUUGCGGGCAAGAAAAGUUCCAAGAAAUAACUGA